CUUCCCUUCGCUUGCGCCUUCUUUCUCUCUCUAACUUCCGUCGCUUUCUCUCUCUCUCUCUCUCUCUCUCUCUCUCUAAACCCACGAAACUUUCCCUCUCUUGGCGAGGCUUCAAAUACGACCCACAGAAGCAAUGCCUCGACCUCAAUUCCAAUUCUCUUUCUUUUUCUGACCACUUACUCACUCACUCUCUCGCCAUCGCCAUAACCAUGGAGGAGUUCAAGUUGCAGCAUCGUCAUAAUCUUCACAGGCUCCAUUGCUCUGUGAAGAACUACGAUUGGGGUCUUCCUGGUCGACUUUCAGAGGUUGCGAGACUCCACGCGCUCAAUUCUGCGUCGCAAUUCGAUCCCGAGAAGCCUUAUGCGGAGCUUUGGAUGGGUACCCAUGAUUCAGGGCCAUCGUUUUUGGUCUCCAAUGGGGUCACUCUUAAGGCUUGGAUUUCUGAAAACCCUGAUGUGCUUGGUGACAAGGUUCUCCAGAAGUGGGGUUCUGAUCUUCCUUUCUUGUUUAAGGUGCUCUCUGUGGCGAAGGCUUUGUCUAUACAGGCUCACCCUGAUAAGGAGUUGGCUAGGACUCUGCAUAAAUUGCAGCCUGUUAUGUAUAAGGAUGGGAAUCACAAACCUGAGAUGGCUCUUGCAAUGACAGAUUUUGAGGCUCUCUGUGGAUUCAUCACUGUUAAAGAGCUUAAGGCUGUGCUUCAUGAUGUUCCUGAAAUUGUGGAACUGGUUGGUGUUGAAAAUGCAAACCUGGUCUUACAAACCAGUGAUCAAGAUAGUGAAGAGAAGGUAAAAGCUGUUUUGCAGGCUGUGUUCACCCACCUCAUGUCCGCUAGUAGAGAGAGAGUAACUGAUGCAGUAAACCAAUUGAAAAGUCGUCUGCUUAAGGAAAGUGAGGUGAGGCAGUUGACCGAUAAAGAGCAGCUGGUGCUGCGGCUGGAAAAGCAAUACCCAUCUGACAUUGGUGUCAUAGCAGCCUUCUUUCUUAACCAUGUAAAACUCAAUCCUGGUGAAGCUUUGUUCCUAGGGGCAAAUGAACCACAUGCAUAUUUAUCUGGGGAGUGUGUUGAAUGCAUGGCAACUUCUGACAAUGUUGUACGAGCUGGCCUAACUCCCAAACACAGAGACGUCCAGACCCUUUGUUCCAUGCUCACAUACAAGCAGGGUUCUCCUGAGAUCUUGAGAGGAGUUCCUCUUAAUCCAUAUGUAAAUAAAUAUACCCCACCAUUUGAGGAAUUUGAGAUUGAUAGCUGUAUUCUUCCUCAAGGGGAAACAGUGGUGUUCCCAGCUGUCCCAGGCCCUUCCAUCUUUUUGGUCACAGUAGGGAAAGGAACAAUGAACACAGGAUCACCCCAAGAACAUAUAGUCACUGAAGGUGAUAUUCUUUUUGCAGCUGCUUACAGUGAGAUUAGUGUUACUAGUUCAUCCGAGUUGCAUCUGUACAGAACAGGAGUUAAUAGCAAAUUUUUUCAGGCUUCCUAAGCUUCAACAGCACUUUUUUGUUUUUCACCAUAUGGUUUUGAGAGUCAAAUAAUGCGUUCAUGUGUCAUAGCAGCAGUAUAGUGUACAUGCAAGAGUAGUAAGAUCACGUAGUAUAUUGAGUCGGAAAAAUCAUUUUAGAGAGGUGGGUUGUCAUUCGUUAAUAACUUUA